GAAGGUACUUGCUAGCUUUGAGUCGAAUCUGGGCGGCUGUUACGGCAGAAGGAGCGCGCCCUGCCCAUCAAUUAUUCAUUCGUGCGGCGGAAAGCGGCGGGAAAGCCAAAGGCAGAGAAGGCACGGCACGCUGCUCGGCGCUUCCUGCGUUCUCCGAGUCAUGCCCCAGUGCGAGGACGCUUCAAGAAGAGCCGACCGAGAGGACCAGGGAGGAUGAAGGACACGACAGGGCAGGAUUAUAAUGAAGCUGAGCGGGAAAGGAGCGUGCGCCCUGGUGUCCAGCAGCCUGCUGCUGGCGUGCGCCUUGAGCUCGGCGGUGGUUGGCUUCGAGUGCCUGUCUCUUGGUGCCAAAGUGAGGGCGCACUUCCAGCUCAGCGCGACCGCCGGCGCCUUUUACUCUGGCAUCCUGCUCGGAUUCGGCCAGGUGCUGCUGGGCAUGGCACUACUUUGCUGCAGGGGCAAACCGGCGUGUCGCAAUUUUUUUCUCUUCGGGCUGCUCGUGUUCCUUCUCGGAGUGCUAACAGCUUUCUCCGGGGCCGUGGUGGACGGGGACGCGGUGUCGCUGGUGGAGAGGAAAUACUCGCGUUACUGUCCGGACUCGCUGGAUGUACCUGCAGCGUGCGGUCGUCUUAAGGAUUACCAACGCGGCCUGGUCGCUUCCACGGUGCUAAACGCACUCGAGUGCCUGCUUGGACUCGUUAACCUGGUGGUGAUCAAGCGCUACCAGGCGGAGCAGUUCUACCGGAGGCGCAGGGCGCACCGGCGCAGGAGUCUUUUACUCACCGAGGAACGGGAACUUACAACCACGGUCGAUUUUAGGACGGUUUCCUACAUAGAUCUGGCUGUUUCUAAUCCACAGGUGUGCCAGUUCGGCAGGGAGGCGCGCAGAAGCGGCCAUCCGUCCAUCGAGCUCCCGGGAUACGCGCCCUCCCAAAACGAGCUGGACCACGUGCACCGUUUCUGUUACCCGUCUCCAAACGAUUCACCCCCGGCUUAUGAGGACAUAUUUCCUGUAGAAGUGAGGAACUGUUAAAGUUGCAAAUCAUCCAACUUUGAAAUCUGCACUGACAAUCAUGGGUGAUUUGGCACCAUCACCAGACGCGCACUUACAGGCGCACUUACAGCGCGUCUGUCGCUUUCUCAGCCAAAAAUGUAACUGCGUUGGCUUUGCCUCGUUGGAAUUGAGCAAAAAGACGCAAAAUUACAGACAUGGUAAGAUAUAUUCAGAUAAAUGUAUAUUCAGAAACAUUUCCACCCAGCGUUUGUUUUCACACUGACUGAUUGUACACAACAUCUUAUGCUCAUGUAAGUCUGUUGCUGUUACUCCAUUGU